AUGUCUGCCACUACGACCAUCACCGAGACCGUUCAAGUUCAACGCGAAAGCAAAGCUAACCCCCUUGACGUUGGCCGGUUGCGCCUGGACGGCACUGACAAUACAUUUGGCGAUUUCCGCGAUGACCUGGCCCGUGAUGGCUUUGCCGUUGUGAAGGGAGCUAUCCCUCGUGAAAGGGCUCUUAAGUACGCCGGUGACAUGCAUUCCUGGCUGGAGGGCUUUGACCUUGGUUAUGAUAGGAAUGACCUGUCAACCGUUCACAAAGACAGGCUUCCUAUCAUCAAUGAGAAGGGAAUGUGUCUGCACUACGGUGUCACUCACGAAAACUUCGUCUGGGAGAUUCGAAGUGAGCCGGGUGUUGUCAGUGCCUUCGAGAAGGUCUACAACGAUAAUGAUCUGAUUGUGUCUUUCGAUGCAAUCAAUUUCGGAUUUCCCAACCGCACGGACUUGCCUCCUAACAAGCCAUGGCCGCACCAAGACCAGGAUCCAGCCAAACCUGGCUUCCGUUGUCUCCAAGGCUUGGUCAACCUUCUCCCCAAUGGCCCUGAUGAUGGCGGCCUCAUUGUCUGCCGUGGCGGCCACCUCCUAUCCGAGGAUUUCCACCGCGAUAUGGCAGAUGAAGAGAGGAUUCCCGCCUGGACUCCUGAGUGGUAUGGCUUCACUGAACGUGGAAUGAAGUGGCUAGCGGAUCAUGGAGGUUUUUGGGAGAAGGUUUGCGCUGAACCUGGCGACCUACUACUCUGGGAUUCCAGAACUCCGCACUACAAUCUCAGCUCUAAAACCCAGCAGCCGCGCUUCGCCAUUUACACUUGCUACAUGCCGGUUGCAGAUGCGACGCAAGACGAUUUGCUGAGAAAGAAAGAUGCGUUCGAGCGCCGUGUGGGCACCACCCACUGGCCUAAUGCGAAGCAUACUGGCUCCAAUAUUGCUAAGCGUGACGAACAGGAUUGUCCCUAUAAUCGGCUUCGUCCAGUCAAUGAGCCGGUCCUUAGUGAGCGUGCCUUUAAGUUGACGGGUAUUCCGUAUAUUGUUGAUUAG